AUGCCGGCGCCCCUGGGAGCCGCGGAGGCGAGUCCGCGGGCUCCGCCGGCAGCCAGUCACCCUGAAGUAGGGCCGGACAAAGAACACCGGCCCCCCCACGGCACAGACCGAAACGCCCCGGCCCCCGGCACCAAGCCCCGGCCAAAAGCGCGGCCCCGUCCCACCAAGACAGACGCCAACAGCACGCAACACAGCGCGCACAGAACUGACGAAGAGCAGAAAAGCCCCCCGGCGCCCGACCGCCAGAAGAGCAGACCGCAGCCGGCGCAACCACCCCCCCCAGCAGCCCACGGGCAGCACAGAGCGGAGCGAACCACGCCGCUCCCCCACUGGACCAAGCCAGAGCAGCACAGCUGCACCCGCCGCCCCCCCUCGCCGCCUGCAGAAGCCCCCAACACGCCGCUGAAGCACCUCCGCCGCCCCAGCCCCCCGACGCGCGCCGGCCGGAGCCAGUCCACCCCCCACCCACCCCGCAGCCACAACCGCCGUGAUCAGCGGGACCAAAGCAGCUCCAACAUGCCUCCAAGCGGGAAAACCCACCCGAAGACCCAAUCAGCGCAGCCAGCCCAACCACACCAGCCCCACAACACCAACCCCGCCGGAGCCACCCAGACCGCCACACACCAGCGGCGCGCUGCCAGCAGGACCCCCACCCAACGGGGCUGCCCCCCGAGAGAACAGACAUGCCAAUCCCCCCCCAGAAAAAGAACGCCAAGCAGAAUAGCCCCCCCAAUGCGACAGUAG